AUAAUUUUGUCUAGCAACAAAUUCACUAGUCACUCGCCAGGCCAGUCUCCACCAAAAGAGAAGUAUGCAUCCCUCAUACUCCUUCCCACUUCCAUUUCCUUCUCUCGGUUCUUGCUUCAAUUACGGUGCUACCAAUUUUCACUGGAAGAACCCCUCUUUUACUAUCUGCUAUUCUUUCAAGAAUUUAACCCCCAUUAAAGCUUCCAUGGAAAGAGAAGACAAAAAUGAUAAAAAAGAUACGGGAUUUUCAGCAAAAGGUUCAGGAACAAGUGCAAGAGGAAGGAGACUCCUUAAGUUGCGUGAAGAAAAGCACAGAAGAGAGCAAGAACGCCUUCAUAAUUAUCCUUCGUGGGCCAAAGUUUUAGAAAAUGCUUGUAAAAAUGAUGUUGAACUCAGAGCUGUUCUUGGUGAUAGCAUCGGUAAUCCUGAACUCAUGCGCAAAAGGGUUGAAGAAAGAGUUAGAAAGAAGGGUAGAGAUUUCCAGAAAUCCAAGACAGGCUCUGUCGUUGCGUUCAAAGUCAGCUUUAGAGACUUUAAUCCUCUGGACUCGUAUAUCUGGGUGGAACUAUUCGGGUCACCAUCUGAUAGGGAUGUCGAUCUGUUUGGAAGUGUCAUUCAAGCUUGGUAUGUGAUGGGGCGUUUGGGUGCUUUUAACUCGUCAAAUUUGCAGUUGACGAGUUCUUCAAUGGAGUACAAUCCCCUAUACGACGCAGACAAGGCUCUCAAAGUAAUGCCUUCAUCAUUCCAUGAUAUUAGCGAUGUUGAAUUUCAGGACAAUUGGGGCCGAUUUUGGGUCGACCUUGGAACUUCUGAUGCUUUUGCCAUUGAUGUUCUGCUGAAUUCCUUGACUGUGUUAAGCUCAGAGUAUCUUGGCAUUCAACAGGUAGUUUUUGGUGGUCGUAAAAUGGGAGAUUGGGAGGAGGGAAUGACUAGUUCCGAGUAUGGUUAUAAGUUCUUUAAAAUAUGAAGUGUAUUUUCAUGUGCAAGAAUCUACAAUUUCCAUCAAUGCCAAUGGUGGCAUAACUUCAACUUGUGUGCACACAUCAAGAGAAUUGCUUCAUAUAUGCAGUAAAUUUGUCUCAGUUGGAGCAAGUACUGUCUUUCUUAGGCAAGGUAUUGAUUAUCACCUUCCCUUCCAUCAACUUACCUUAUAAUCCAAAAAAAAAUCGGCUAAUGAUACUUGUUUGUGAUUAAAUGGUGGAUGAGAGAAAUAAUUGAUGCGUUCAUGUUCCUUUUCAAGCCGAGGUCGUUCAGAGUUUCCACCUUUGUUAUCCGAUUACGGCACAUGUGGAUGUGGGUGCCCUAACCUACCUUGUUAUCCCGCCUCAGUUUAGUUGGAUACUGAAGUCUAGUCAUCUUUAUCUUGUACUACCUUGUAUUUCGAUGUAAACAAACAAUAGCACUUGUUAUAGUAAAUUAAAAUAUCAAAAUUUUGUUGCGU